UUAAAGCGGGAAGUGAAGCCUCGCCUUCGGAAGGCGGUAAUGGAAUUCGAGUGUUCAAAUCUGAGUGCGUGGAAGGAAGCCCUCUCCUCUUAUUCCUCCCGCAUUGAAUCUCUCAACAAACCCAAUCUGGUUUCUCUAGAUGACUUUUACCGCAACCACCUCCCUCCUCUCCUCCGCCGCCGGAACCCUAACCCCUACCUCACCACCUCCGACCUCUCCGACCUCAUGCGCUGGAAGCUCACACGUGGCAAGUGGCGGCCGAGGUUGUUGGAUUUUGUUUCGGCGUUGGACGAUUCGGCGGUGAAAUCGGCCUCCGAGAAGGCGUUCGGGUCGCUUCCGGACCUCUCAAAGGCGGUGAAUGAGCUCACUGUGCUCAAAGGCGUGGGUCCGGCCACGGCCUCGGCUGUUCUGGCAGCUUAUGCGCCGGAUGUGGCACCCUUCAUGUCCGACGAGGCCAUGGAGGCAGCUCUUGGUAAUAGCAAGGACUAUUCACUCAAGCAGUAUCUGUUGUUUGCGGAGAAGCUGCAGACGAAAGCCAAGGAAUUGAGUGCAGAUGGGGAAACCUUCACACCAUCAGAUGUUGAAAGAGCUUUAUGGACUUGUGCUGUAGCGGCCAAAUUGGUAUCUUCACAGUCAGAUCUAGACUCCAGAGUUCAUGAUAGAACUAAAAACCCCGAGAAAAAGAGAAAGCGCUGAUUUGCUCAGAGUGAGUUGGUGAAUAUAUUGACAGUUUGACACAAGUGAAUUCAAAACACAUCAAAACGCUUUUUGACUGAGCUCAAAUACACAGCCGGCCAUUACAUUUUCAAGACUUGACUGACUGGCAUCCAAGCACCAUGUGCUCCACAUCCAAUCUUAUGGAAUAAAAGGAUUAAAAGUAAAAAAGAAUGGAGAAAUUAUUUACUUUUUUAGUAAGACAAAAUUGGACUGAACGAAGGAGGCUCCUUGGAGUUGGAAGGAUGUGCGCGA